AUGACCUCGUGGAAGAAAUGGAUUCCAAAGUUGAAUGCUCACAACCGUUGAGCCCCCAUAGAGAUAAAGUGUUUAAAAAAAUAUCUUACCACUUCGUUUGCGCUCCUCGAGUAGAACCAUCACAAAUUGUGGUACCGUCACCAUCUUCUGGCGGCCAUGCAGGUAUAAUGUAUUAUUAUAUAAAUGUAUGUAUUAGUAUUUGCUUUAUAAAAAUACAUUUAUGUUUUUCAGAUAUAAUCCAGAAGCUGGAUGCCAUUGAGACCCGACUCACUGCCAUUAAAAAGUCCCUAACAGACAAAAUGCCAGAAAAGGCCGAGGUGCAGGCACAAAGCAAAUUAUUGCGCGAAUGCCGCGUCAUAGCGGCAAAGAUGCAUCAUUCGAUUAUCCGCAUCACCCGUGACUUGGAAAACGAACAUUACGUGGAGCUCGCUUCGAAACUGCCUAUGUCAUCGGAAGAGCACGUAUUAGUUUUAAGUCGUAAAUAUUAGUUCGAAGUUGUACAUAUUAGUUUUACGUUGUAAAUAUUAGUUUUAAGUUGUAUAAAUUAGUUCUAAGUUGUACAUAUU